AUGCCAGUUCCUUUUGAAGGUCUAAUCCCUUAUGCAAUAAUGACUGCCUUUUUCGGAUUGGCAGGUCAUGGUGUGCAAGCCAUUAGAUAUUGGGAUAACGGUUGGAAGAAUGAUCGUUAUUUCUUAGACCAAUGGGACCAAAAGAUGAUGCAGAGAGACUUUUAUCUAACGGGAGUAUAUCGAGGACAGACUAGUGAGCCCAUAGCACCGGAAAGUUUCAAGACCGCGAACCGGAUUGAGCAAAGAUACGACACUCCAUAUAGAGGCCAAUUCUUUAGUUUGAGAGAUAGGUUAUUUAGAGGUUACGUUUUCGGAGAUUGGAAUUUUUCAUAA